CACAAAAGUGAGCUCUCAAAUUCAAUGUUGAUAUUUUAGACGUCUACUUCGUUCUGAUUAGCUCGUGCACCGUGUCGUGUAGGUAUCGCAUCUCUUAAAUUGACUUGGCAGAAGAAACUGUGAUGGUAGAUCCAUUCAGCGGCCAUAUUUGGCCCAUGCUGCCUUCUCUACUAACGUUGGGCAUGAUAUUGAUAGUCCUAACUCUACUGUUCAAUACGGUUUACAAUGUCUACUUUCACCCUCUUCAUGGCUUUCCAGGCCCCAGAAUUGCUGCCGCGACCUCUUUGUACUACAUUUACUGGAACGCGAGAGGCGAAAGGCACAAGAUAGACUUGUACCUUCACAUGAAAUAUGGUGAAGUCGUACGUGUGAAACCUAAUCAAUUGUCCUUUGUGGGCGAUGACGCCUGGAAAGACAUAUUUAUGCACAGACAGGGCCAUCCACAGAUGGCCAAGUAUGGAAGGGGAAACUCGAACACACGGGGAGCGCACAGUCUCGUCAGCGCUCCGGAUGACAUUCAUGCAAGGCAAAGAAAAUGCCUCAGCCAUGCGUUUUCAGAAAAGGCAUUGAGAGAACAAGAGCCGUUGAUCAAGUCGUACAUUGAUAUACUCAUCUCAAGCAUGCGCGAGGAUGCCCUUAAUGGGCGGCCUUCCGAUAUGGUCAAGUAUUUCAACUGGAUAUCGUUCGAUGUUGUUGGAGAUCUCGCUUUCGCUCAAUCAUUUGAUGCCCUCAGAACACGCAGCACACAUCCAUGGAUCAAGGCCUUCUUCGCUGGGCUGAAGUUACGUGUUAUCCUUGGCGAGAUUAUCAAUUUUCCUAUACUUAGACCCAUGAUCUUUCUAGCCAUGCGUAUCCGAGCCCUGAAAGGUCGGAAAUCGAGCAACUUUUGCCGCGCAGCUGUAAAGAGGCGUUAUGAACUUGGUGAUCUGAACCGUCCGGACUUUCUGGGCAAAGUUAUGCAAAAGAACGCCGAGAAAGACCGGAGUGCACACAUGUCGGAAGAUGAGAUUAACAUGAAUUUUACCGUCAUCAUGGUUGCAGGCAGUGAAACGACGGCGACUCUACUAUCAGGCUGCACGUUUUUAUUGCACAAGAAUCCGGAGGUGUUGAAAAAACUCAAGGCUGAGGUGCGGAGUUCUUUUAAAAGCGAAGAUGAAAUCAACAUGAUUACGGUAAACAAGCUUCCAUACCUGUUGGCUGUUAUUGAAGAAGCUCUACGAUACUACCCUCCGAUUGCAAUUGCAUUGCCCAGGAAAAGUCCACCACAUGGGACGACAAUUUGUGGACACCACGUGCCAGGCAAUGUCGUCGUUGGAAUUCCUCCAUGGGCAGCGAACCACUCUCCGAACCACUUCGUGCAUCCAGAUGAAUUCAUACCGGAGAGAUUUCUUCCAAACAAAGAGGAGAGGUUCAGCCAAGACCGGACUGCAAUUCAUCAACCCUUCUCCGCUGGCCCGCGGAACUGCUUAGGCCGAAAUCUUGCAAAUGCUGAGAUCAGACUCAUUCUUGCCCGGAUCAUAUACAAUUUCGACAUGGAACUUGUCGAUCAGAAGUCCGAGUGGAUGACGAACCAGAAGUCUUAUAUCAUAUGGAGCAGACCAAAACUCAUGGUUCUCUCAAAGGCGACGACGUAG